AUGGAGACUUUUUCUCUGUUACUGCUGGAUCUGGGGUUGGUUCUUGCGGGAACCUCAGGAAGCACAAUGGAGAUAAUUAAAGAAGAAUUUUCAGAGGAAGAGAUGGAAUAUGACAUAGCAAAAAGUGGCCAAGAAAAACAGACAAUUGAGGUAUUCAUGAACUCAGCCCUGUUUGAUAAAAAUACCAGCCUCAGCAUGUCCAAGGAUGUUAUGUCUUCCUCAUUAUUGACGCUCAGAAGGUUACAUUAUAACUUUUCCAAGGAAAAUAGUCUAGUUAAUGGCAAGGAGUAUUGUAAUGCUGUGGUGGUCUGGAGAAUUGUGUCAGAAGCUAAUAGAUCAUGGAAGUUGAGAAAUAACUUCAUCCAUGGCUCCACAGAAAUGAUCCAUGGAAUCCACAAAAUUCCCAGUUGCAAAUGUGAACCAAAUCUUGAUAUGGUUCGAGGCAAUAUGGUGGAACCAAGAUGUUAUGAAAGCCCAGAACUGCAUACCACUAUAUGCCAGCUCACUACAGGAAAACAAUUCUCCAGAUGCCAAUACCACAGUGUUACCUCAUUAAAGAAAAUGUUGAUAGUGCUGACAGGUCAUUCUCUAAUGAGCUGGCUAGUUAGUGUCUCUAAGUUGUAA